UCAUUAAUUUUCAACCCACAUCAAAGCCGUCCAUUCUCAAAACAAACACCGUUUCCGCUCUUCACUCCCCCAUAUAUAUUCUCCUCCUUUUCACCAGAGUGUGCUUGUGCUCAACUCGGGUCCAUAGCGUGGCUUUCCUAUCUUCAUUUCAUCGCACUCUACGACGAAAGAAACCAGAGAAAAAUGACCAAGUGUUACCCAACCGUUAGCGAGGAGUACCAAAACGCCGUUCAAAAGGCUAAGAGGAAGCUAAGAGGUCUCAUUGCUGAGAAGAACUGUGCUCCACUCAUGCUCCGUCUAGCGUGGCACUCAGCUGGAACUUUUGAUGUCAAGACCAAGACCGGAGGUCCAUUCGGAACCAUGAAGCAACCUGCUGAGCUCGCUCAUGCUGCUAACAACGGUCUCGAUAUUGCAGUCAGGCUUCUCGAGCCGAUCAAGGAGCAGUUUCCUAUCCUUUCAUACGCUGACUUCUAUCAGCUUGCUGGUGUUGUUGCUGUUGAGAUCACCGGUGGGCCUGAAAUUCCAUUCCAUCCUGGAAGAGAGGACAAGCCUCACCCACCACCUGAGGGUCGUCUUCCCAAUGCUACUGAGGGAGCUGAUCACUUGAGGCAGGUGUUUAGUAAUCAAAUGGGUCUUAGCGACCAGGACAUUGUUGCUCUUUCUGGUGGCCACACCCUGGGAAGGUGCCACAAGGAGAGGUCUGGAUUUGAGGGACCAUGGACUACCAACCCUCUUAUCUUCGACAACUCUUACUUCAAGGAGCUCUUGACUGGAGAGAAGGACGGCCUGUUACAGUUGCCAACUGACAAAGUUCUCCUUUCCGACCCUGUUUUCCGUCCAUUGGUUGAGAAAUAUGCGGCUGAUGAGGAUGCUUUCUUUGCUGAUUACACUGAAGCUCACCUGAAGCUCUCUGAGCUAGGAUUUGCUGAUGCAUAAGCUGAUGAUUGCAUAAGAGGAAGAAGCCAACAACACAAUCCUACACAGACGUUUUAGGUUUUGUUUUCUCUCUAAAGUUGGCUUAAGGAAUGAAUUUGGGUGGUUUUUUUUGGGGAGAUUCCGGAGACAAGUUAUUCUCGACAAUUUCUUCUAAAAUCAUAUUCCCCAUCUUGGUCAUUAAUCGUUGUUUGUAGCUCUUGCAUUUUCUUUCUUCCCCAUUUUGACAUUAAUUAAAUUUCAUAUUAGCUCUUCAUCAUUUAAACUUUAAAGAUUAUCAAAUUUAACUUAAACAAGGUAAGGAUGUUUCUUUGAGAA